AUGGACGCAGGCUAUCUUUCGCAACAAGUCAACACCAUCAUCGGCCAGUUGCAUGGCCUCUUCGACGAGAUUGGCGUGCCGAACCAUGAUCGCGAAGCCCGCGAGACAGAGCUGUUCUCGGCUCUGUCAGAGACGCUGAACAACCAAGUCAAGGCCGUCACGGCCGAGAAGGAUGAACUGGUCGAUGAGGCCAACCGCAUCAUCACCGUCAUUCGCCAGAUGGAGACGUCCUUGGACGAUGCAGAGUCCCACACCCGCGAGGGCGACCUGAAGAUCACGUAUCCCCUGUCGCGGUGCUUGAUGGUGCUUAAGGAGAAGCACACACAAGUAACCCGCCUGCACCGCGAGAGGUUCGAGCAAGUCAAGAAACUUGUUCAAGCGCUCGAGUCGUACUCAUCCCAUCUUGAGCCGUCGUUUGUCAGGAUUGCCCUUCCCCCGACUGGGCCCAACCAGUCUCUUCCCCCUACUUUUGAUCUCUCGCCCUCCUAUGUAGACAAGCUGGACGAUGAGUUCACCCGAGUCUACGAGGAGUAUACCCGCCGCAUAGCCACAGUCAAGGCUCUCUCGGAAAACAUUAUUCAGCUUUGGGCUGAGUUGGGCACGCCACAAGCCCAGACUGACGCUGGCAUUGUCAAGUACUAUCGCGACUCACCUGAGCAGCUCGGUCUGCAUGCAGAGGACAUCGCCAGACUAAGGGGCAAGCGAGAUAAGCUGGCCGAUGAGAAGAAAAACCGAGAGAAGCGUCUCAAGGACCUGAAGCAAGCUGUAGAGGGGCUAUGGGAGAAGCUUGGCAUCGAAGAAUCGGAACGUAAGGCGUUCCUGAAUGGCAACCGAGGCUGUGGCGUCCGGCAAAUCAAUGAGUUCGAGGACGAGUUGGGGCGUCUAAAGGAGCUCAAGCGCCAGAACCUUCACCUGUUUGUCGAGGACGCCCGAGACAAGCUGCAGGGGCUCUGGGAUGCCCUGUACUUCUCUGAAGACGAGAUGCUGGACUUCACCCCGGCGUUUUCGGAUGUUUACAGUGACGCCCUGCUCGAGGCUCAUGAGCGCGAGAUUGGUCGGCUGGAAGCCCUGAGGGAACAACGCGCCCCCACGCUGGCCCUCGUCGACAAGCAUCGCACUCUGGUCCAUGACCGUGAUGAGCUCCAAGCAUCCAGCCAGGAUGCAUCGCGUCUCAUGAUGCGCGGCCAGAAGGGAGAGAAGCGAGAUCCCGGCAAGCUUCUGCGCGAGGAGAAGAUGCGAAAGAGGAUCGCAAAGGAGUUGCCCAAAGUCGCAGCCGAACUCCGUAGCAUGCUCGAGUGCUGGGAGGACGAGUUUGGCCGUCCAUUCCUUGUCCACGGAGAGCGUUAUCUGGACGUCCUAGAGGAAGCCGAGGGACGGGCUGUCCCAGGCCCGAGGUCAAAGACGCCAGCCGGACCGCCUCCAACCACGAAGAAGGCGCCGGCAGCUCCACCGAGCCGAGCGAACAGCACCGCAAGCAGAGCCGGUACUCUCCCAAGGUCCAAGACGCCCACAGCCAACUUCAACGGCAAUGGUACCAUCAGGCGCGCCCCACCGUCAAACCAGCCGGCAAGCCUCAAAAGCCCGUCGCGGGUCCCUGUCCGCGCACCUCUCUCCAACCUGCAGCAUGGCGGCAACUCCCCCGAGAGGGUAAGGCCCGAGUCCCGCAUGGGCGGCACAUUGCGACCCGGACCACCACUGACGCGAGCUCCCCCGCCUAAGAUGAGAGAGCUCGUGCAGGCGCCGGCCCUUGAGACCCCCGCCAACCCCUAUAAGCGGAUGGGCCUUGGCUCAAGCGUCAUCAUUCGCCCUAUAGAGCCCGAGGAUGUGUACGACGACCGGUAUUCUGACCAGGACUACGGUCGCCCGCGGUCACACGACUCGUACGUUUCUCAUGGGUCUGUACGGCAAGUUGGCCGUCCCGACUAUCCUCAAGCUCCUCCGCCGAGGCAAAUUUCCAAUACUUCGACGGUGAUCUCGGGAUCGGAAAACUGGGAGACGUACGACGACGCCUCGGAGCCGGAAAUUGACGCCUCUGACAUGUACUAUGCCAAGGUGCGAGCGGCACAUGGCAAGCGCAUCACGCCCGAGGACCAGUACUCCCGCCUGCAGUCAAGUCAAUCCAAGCGGAUGCGAGGCAUUCCCCCGGCCAUGUCGCAUGCUGGCCACGGCACGGUGGAUGUCGAGGGCAACCGGAUCAUCUCGGGGAGCGAGUGGACUGACGAAGACGCGUUCUAA